CAUCAUCUGUCUCUUCUGUCGAUCUACUGUACUUCCGAAUCCUCCGCAUCGAACUACUUGCGCGCAAUGUGCCGACUGGCAUCACCCAUCUGCCAGCGACCCUAUGCUAUAUUUGUUUGAAGGUGCACCCUCUCAACUGUCAAGGGAUCCAGCGCGACCCUCUCGAUAAAUCCCCGAUGAUGGCAGCAGCAUCGAGGGUCUCUCCACGAACUCCAUCUGGGCCUGUUGAACCUCGAUCUUUAUACUUGCGACUUCGGGUCUUGCCGAUUUUGCAUAGCAAAGGUCUCUUUUGCUUGCCUUUCGCCCUUACGACAUAUCUUAUCCUUUCCUGUCCACCACUGUACCCAUCUCUCUCUCUCUCACUGGACUGGCCAGCAUCCCUCGUGAUCGGCCAAGAUCGUCGCCAAUCGCACAUGCCAGAGGGUCAAUAUCGCGGUCACGCACACCGGGAACGGGAGCGCGGUUCCACCUACCAGCGCGCUGGGGCAAAUAUAUCACGGACGACGGUGGCGCGAGCCUGCGCGGGCGGUUGUUCAGAUUCUCCUCGUGCUGUCCCCCGUGUACUUCCCCUUGUAGUUGUCCUCGGCACGUAUGGACUUGAUGUUUGCUCGAGUGAGCAUGCUAGUGCCAGUCGUCCCCAUAGACAUUGAGAAGCGAUUCGCGUGGACUGUAUAGUAGCUGCCGGAGUCGUUCGUUGCCCACACUUGAGACCAUCCGCGUCUAUGUAGAUUGAGUCUUUUACAAAGUCAGGAAGCGAGUAUUCAGCA